AUGGAGCGAGCAUUUGAAAACGAUAACGUUUUCAAAAACGUUGUGCAAGAAAUAUGUAGAGAAUGCAUCGCUAGAAAUUUGGAGGUUGAAGAAUCAUUAGUCCAACAAGUAACAAAGUUAUUCGCUUUGGAUAUCGAUAUGGGAAUUUCAUCCGAGGGCGUGGUAAAGAGAGACACAUUGGAAGUAUUUGUAAAUCAUGUGGUUAGUAAAUUAGCUAUUCCAGAUGACGAAUCUCCGCAAAUGUCCACGUUAAAAAUGCAAUUGAAUUGCAAAGAAUUCUGCAAUACCAUAAGUGAGUCAAUAAAAAUGCAUAAUGAAUCAUUAAGUAAUUACUUAUAUCCUUUAACACGCGAAAUUAUAAAUGAGGCUUUAAACGUAACAAAUAAUAAUAAAGAAUCUCUUGAACAAUUUCGAAGAAAAUUAGCCGUUCAUAUUUUGCUUGAAUCGCAAAUGGGUCAUCCAUCCCGCAUGGAUGUCUUUAAUGAAGGAUUAACAGCCUUGAGCAGCAUAGCAAGCUUGGCUGAUAUUGCUUCUUUCCUAGAAUCAGACGAAACUCAAAAAAUUCGUUAUAUACAUGAAUUGACCCACUUGGUGUCAGGAAUACGGUUAUUGAACAAGGAAUUUGGCAGAAGUUCUGGUUCGGGAAUCCUCGAUGUGCCUUCUGAGCUGGAUUCAGCGUUCGCAAAAUCUAAGACAUUACUCAAUAAUUCAUUAGGUGAACUUCAAGAUAUAUUGGACUCGCAUACAACGGCUAUUCUUUACUCUACUGAAAUAGAUGAUAGAAGACUAUUAGUAAAUUUUAGAGUGCAACCUAAUUUAUCUCUAACAGAUAUCGAAAACACGCGUGAUCGUCUUAUAUUGCAAAGGCAGUAUGAAAUAUUUCUGAAAAGAUUAAAAUUGCGCCUUGAACAAGUAGUACCCGGCAAGCAAUUCGAAGCAUUUGGUAGGACUCCCGACAGGUAUUUGUACAGCGCCUUAGAAGUAAUACGUGGUAAGCCAGAAUUGGUUGGUUUAUUCGAAAUACAAGAGCUUAUAUUGAACAUGAGUGACCAUGCACUGAGAUUAUGUCAAGAACUAGCUCCAAAACCAGAUCACAAAGAACUAAGAGACGUAGAAAUACAAACUGUGACUCAUCUAUACGAAACGAGGAUAGUUAAAAAAUACAAAUGGAAUGUAUGGGAUAUGCGUCGGGAGGCGAUACAGCUGGCCAAUUUAAGCCGAGGAAAAUCGAAAUCUAUGCAAACGUUGAGAACAUAUUCGAAAGUAGGCGUAGCACUGCAAACGACUUUCUUAAAGAAUACUUCCAUGCAGACAACAAGAGAAAACUACACCAAUACACCGACGCCUCUCAAUUAUAAAUCUGGUUUGAGGGCCAAACGAGACCAAUUGAAUCUAAUGGUAGAUUGCACGAGACCAGUACAUGAGGACUACUACACGUGCACCAAGUACAACACGAUUUUAUUUGAUACUCCAUUUCCAGAAGAUAAAGAACCUGAGUGUACAAAUGAUGAUGGUAAUAAAUUUUGCCUCAAAGUAUGUCACGGGAAAAAUAAUCGUUUAACAAAUAGAAGAAAAUCAACCAAUUAA